AUGGGAUGGCCAUGGCGGAAGCCAUCGUGUUACUCAAACAGAUGUUUGGUUACAGAGACAAAGUUUGCGAUGCGCCAUAAGUGUUUCCACCUUAAGAAAAAAGACUCCGAGGAUUUCGUUCAAUACGCGGCUCACAUUAAUAAACAUGGCGAAAAAUUUGAUGUCAGGAAUUGCACUUCUGACAAUCUCAAGGUACUUUUUUUUGUGAGCGGCCUGAAGAGCCCACAGGAUUUGUUCAUUCUCGAGAAGCUCCUCGCCAAGGUCGAUGCUCAAUCCGUCCAGCUUGAGGCCGCGCCGACUGACGCAGCGAGAGCAGUGCUCAACCAGCUCACAUUGCAAGACCUUGUCAACGAGGCUCAGCGGCUGCUUUGCCUCAAACGGGACACUGGUACAGUUGGUGAUAAAGACACCAUCGGCGACGCCUCUCUUGCGGGGGUUCUUGCUAUCCAGCACAAAGGCAAGAAGCAGUGGACCAAGAAUAAGCAGUCUUCCUCUGAAAAGCUUAGCCCGACGAGGAAACAACCGCCACGCCCAUGCAAUUACUGCGGUGCAAAUCACUGGGAGCGUGAGUGCAAUUUCGAAUGCAAGCAGUGCAACACUUGUCAUGAAUAUGGUCACAAGGCCGAGUUUUGUGAAUUCGCUCGUAAAGUGGAUGCGCGGAAAGAGUCACGGUUACCCCGGCGUCUGCGUCACAGUUCGGACCAACAGGUUCAUCACGUAUCAAUUCAGCGGGCACCGUUACACCGUAAAUACGUCUGCCUCAGCAUAAAUGAUGCGAAAAUCAAACUGCAGCUUGAUUCUGCAUCCGACAUUACAGUUAUUUCGGCCGCUAAUUGGACGAGGCUCGGGAAGCCGGCUCUUACACCGUGUGACAUCUGCCCGGGCAGUGCUUCGGGUGAUCCGGUUAAGCUGUGGGGAUUUUUUCCGUGUCGCAUGAGUCUCAAUCACAUCACAAAAACGGGCAUCUGUUACGUCGCGGCGCGGCUUAAUUUGCUCGGCAUCGACUGGAUCACAGCGCUUGAUCUUUGGAGUGUCCCUUUCGCUACAGUAUGCAACAGUAUUACCACAGACGCUAGCUUGGAUAUGCUCACUAAGGAAGUCAAGACACAUUUUCCGCAUUUGUUUUCUGCUGGCCUAGGCCUUUGUACCAAAACAAAGGUCUCGCUGACGCUUAAGCCGGGAGCUAAACCAGUUUUCCGAAAACAACGAUCGGUUCCUUUUGCAGCGAUACCAUUCAUCGAGAACGAACUUCACAGACUGCAGCACCUGGGAGUUAUUACGCCAGUCGAAUAUUCAGAUUUCGCAGCUCCCAUUGUUGCCGUCAAGAAGAAAAAUGGUGCGAUUCGCAUUUGUGGCGACUAUUCCACGGGACUCAACGACGCUCUGGAGCCUAAUAAAUUUCCGUUACCGACGCCAGAACACAUAUUUGUGAGUCUAGCAGGCAAGAACAUCUUUAGCAAAAUCGACCUUUCCGAUGCAUUUCUUCAGCUAGAACUCUAUGACGAAGCGAAAAGGCUGUUAACCAUCAACACUCACCUUGGGCUUUUUCGUGUCAAUCGCAUGCAGCCAGGAGUCAAACCUGCACCCAGCACGUUCCAGGAGCUGAUGAACAAAUUACUCAGCGGCCUGGAGGGUGCGUCUGCAUUCAUCGACGACGUUGUUCUCGGCGCUGCCACCGCAGCCGAGCAUAAGGCGUUGCUUUUCGAAGUCCUCACUCGUCUUCAGGACUAUGGAUUCAAACUUCGCCUCGACAAGUGUCAAUUCGGCCAAACGAGGAUUGCUUUUUGCGGUCAUAUCAUCGACGCCAGCGGAAUUCGACCUGAUCCUGUCAAAGUCCAGCGCAUUUGUGAUAUUCUGCCACCGACGGACGUGUCACAGCUCCGCGCUUUCUUGGGCUCUGUGAAUUAUUAUAGUAAGUUUGUCAAGGGCAUGAAGAACCUCCGGGGACCCUUGGAUGAGCUUCUUCGGAAAGGUGUUAAAUUUGCCUGGCAUUCUAAGCACCAGCAGGCUUUCAACAAUUUGAAGAGCGCCUUAUCGUCUGACCUUGUGCUCACCCACUAUGAUCCUACGAAAAAAAUUGUUGUUGCGGCCGACGCCUCCAGCUAUGGUAUGGGAGCCGUCCUCAUGCACGAGUUUCCUGACGGCACACUUCGCCCAAUCCUGCAUGCGUCUUCGUCUUUCGAUGCGUCGGAGAGGAAUUACCCGCAAGUUCAACGCGAAGCUUUGGCACUCGUUUUCGCAGUAAAGAAAUUUCACUGUUAUAUUUACGGGCACAGAUUCGACUUACAAACGGAUCACAAGUCUUUACUUGCAAUUUUCGGCUCUAAAACCGGCAUUCCGGCUCACACAGCAAGUCGGUUACAACGGUAUGACGUAAUAUUACUUGCUUAUGACUUUACUAUUCAGUAUGUCAAUACCGACAAUUUUGGCUAUGCCGACGUCCUCUCCAGGCUCAUCGCUACGUACUCGCCCGCAGUAGAGGACACAGUUAUCGCUGCCAUCCGUAUGGUAGGGGACGAGCAGUGUUAUGCCAUCGAUUCUGCAAACAUGCUCCCCAUCCAUUUCAAGGACAUCCAGGCAGCCACACGAGCCUGCUCGGUAUUGAGAACACUCACAGGCUACAUCUCUCGCGGCUGGCCGCCGUCGAGAAAAGCAAUCGUCAACUCUGAGGUCGGACAGUUUUAUGAUCAGUGCGGGGGCCUCAUGAUUAUUCAGGAUUGCAUUUUCCUGGGUGAUCGGCUCGUCAUUCCAAUGGUUUUUCGUCGACGGAUCCUGGAGGAACUCCAUCGUGGUUACCCCGGCAUCGUGCGCAUGAAGAUGCUUGCGCGCAGUAAGGUGUUCUGGCCCAAGAUCGACAAGAACAUCGAAGAAGCCGUUAAGGCUUGCGAGAAUUAUGCAAGAGCAGGAAGUUCACCAAUUAAGUGUUCGCCUCAGCCGUGGCCGAUUCCGAAGGGGCCAUGGUCACAUAUCCACGUUGAUUACGCUGGGCCGGUCAACGGAUUUUAUUAUUUUGUUAUUGUGGACGCUUAUAGUAAAUGGCCUGAAAUUUUUAAAACAACUACUAUUACCGCUGCCAAGACUGUCGAAUUCUUGUUGGAAGUGUUUUCCCGGUAUGGACUUUGUGACACAAUUGUUAAUGAUAACGGUCCGCAAUUCAUUUCACAGGAGUUCACGACUUUUUGUAAGACUAACGGGAUUGAGCACUUUCUUACUGCUCCUUAUCAUCCGCAGUUAAAUGGCCAAGCGGAAAAGUUCGUCGAUCUUCUCAAAACCGGACUUAAAAAGGUCGAUGGUAACACAGAUGAGAAGCUGCGCAAUUUUUUAACUUGUUACCGAUUUACUCCCUCGUAUGGCCUCGGUAUGAAAACGCCUUCUGAGCUCAUGAACAGUCGCGCCAUGAAAACUCGGCUUGAUCUCUUGAAGCCGACGGUAGCGACUUCACGAUCACGUAGUCAGCAAUUCAACACUGCUGCCGGUGCCCGGUUAAGGGAGUUCCAGUGUGGAACAGCAGUCUAUUACAAGUUCCGUAAGUCAAACAACACGUGGAACUGGAUUCCCACAAUGGCCCUUCGCAGGAUAGGAACAGUCAACUACAGGGUCAAGCUCAGUGCACCCGAUCGCAUCGUUAAGGCUCACGCAAAUCAGUUAAAGUUUCGUCACCAGUCAAACGAGCUUUUCGACGCUUUUGGCCUUUAUGAUGUGUCUGAAAACGAGGUUGAACCAACCAUCAUCCCUCAAGCGCAACAGUGCGAUGAUAGUAACCAACAAGGAGGAGAUCACAAUGAUCUCAGGGAAUCAUCAGUCCAUGAAGCUGUUAGGAGUGACAGCCCAGAAGUCGGCAGGAAUCCAACAACUAGUAAGAGUCCGGACGCAGCCCAGCUAGCGCCCCGACGUACAACCAGAAUUAAUGCAGGUGUCCUCCAACCUGCUAUGGGUUCGAAUCUUAAGCGGAAAGGAAUGUGGUAA